AUGUCCGUUUUUCUCCUCCACCCGCCCACUUUCCGCUCGUAUCUUGUCUCGGCCGGUUAUCUCAAGACCGCCGCGCUGAAUUACUUGGUCAACUAUGCACGAGCCCGCGUCUACGAUACCCUUCGCGAGGGCAUCGUUAAAGGGACACUCGCGAUCGUGGACGAGGAUGGCACCACGGAGUUUGGAGAUCCUGACAGCAAUGGGAUAAGCGUCACGCUCACCGUCAACAGCCCCAACAUGUGGACGAGGGUCAUGAUGUCCAACGACCUGGGAGUUUCGGAGGCUUACAUGGAAAGCGACUUCGACGUGUCGAGCCUAAAGGACCUUCUGAACCUGUGGCUCGACAACCGUCAUACGUUGACGGGAAUGCACAACACGGUCAACUCUCUGUUUACGUACUACUCUGCGCUCGCCAUAAAGACGCUCGGGCGUCAAAACCUGUCAAAUGCGAAAUGGAACGCGGAAGUCGCAUACAACACGUCGAACAAGUUCUUCCAGUCAUUCCUCAGCAAGGAGAUGAUGUAUUCGUGUGCGAUCUGGGGCGACGAGGAGGGCGGGCCGCGCGGCGACCUCGUUUCGGGGCCCACACCCGGAGAUCUCGAGGCAGCGCAACAUCGCAAGAUCAUGAACAUCCUCGGCAAAGCGCGCCUUCGUCCUGGGGACCGUCUCCUGGAGAUCGGAACAGGCUGGGGCGCGAUGGCCAUCAACGCGGCUCUGAUGGGCUGCACCGUCGACACCGUCACGCUCUGUAAAGAGCAAAUGGCGAUGACGCAGCAGAGGGCUCGCGAAGCCGGCGUGGAGGACCGCGUCCGGGUCCACCUCUGUGACUACCGCCAGCUGCCCGCGUCCUUCGAGAAGCAGUUCGACGCGAUGAUAACGUGCGAGAUGAUCGAGGCCGUCGGACCUCGAUAUCUCCCCGAGUUCUUCCAAAUCAUGGACUGGGCGCUGAAAGACGACCGGGCGACGAUGGUCAUCACGGCCACUUCCCAGCCGGACUCGCGCUACACCGAUUAUCAGCCGGACGAUUUCGCCCGUCAUUACCAUUGGCCCAACUGUCACCUCCCGAGUUCCACAUCCAUGGCGGUGUGGGUGCAAAAAGCGGUUCCAGGGAAAUUCGUCUUUCACCAUCUAGAGGACCACGGUCCACAUUACUGUCGGACUUUACGAGAGUGGGGUCGACGAUUGGAGAAGAACUUCAAUGGCGAGGUUAUCCAAGAGCUCCGAGAACGGUACCCUCAGCUCCAGACGGAACAUGACAUCGAGGCCUUCAAGAGGAAGUGGAUGUAUAUGUUUGUCUAUGCCGAAGUCGGCUACGCUCGCGCGUACACAUCCCUCUAUUGUUGGACCUUCACUCGCACUGAUAACGUCGCGAUGGUCUGCUCCUGAUCAUUCCCUCGAUAACUGACAGGACAUCAACCCCAUUUCAGGAUCAUGCUUACCAUGAAUAGAUGCAUUUGGUAUCUGAGACGGCUGGAAGGCUACGCCUGC